GUUGGCUGGAUCCAUGGAUGGAAGGAAUCACUCAGUUGUGUCUGAGUUUGUGUUUCUGGGACUCACUCAUUCAUGGGAGGUCCAGCUUCUCCUCCUGGUGGUCUCCUCUGUGCUCUAUGUGGCAAGCAUGACUGGAAACAUCCUCAUUGUGUUUUCUGUAACCAUCGAUCCUCACUUACAUUCCCCCAUGUACUUCCUACUGGCCAGUCUCUCUUUCAUUGACUUGGGGGCCUGCUCUGCCACCUCACCCAAGAUGAUUUAUGAUCUUUUCAGAAAGCACAAAGUUAUCUCCUUUGGAGGCUGCAUUGCCCAGAUCUUCUUCAUCCACGUCAUUGGUGGCGUGGAGAUGGUGCUGCUCAUUGCCAUGGCCUUUGACAGAUAUGUUGCCAUUUGUAAGCCUCUCCACUACUUGACCAUCAUGAGCCCGCGAAUGUGCAUUUUGUUUCUGGCUGCUGCUUGGGCCCUUGGCAUUAUUCACUCACUGUUCCAACUAGCAUUUAUUGUUAAUUUACCCUUCUGUGGUCCUAAUGUAUUGGACAGCUUUUACUGUGACCUUCCUCGUCUCCUUAGACUAGCCUGUACAGAUACCUACAGAUUGCAGUUCAUGGUGACUGUCAACAGUGGGUUCCUUUGUGUUGGCUCUUUCUUCACACUCCUCAUCUCCUACAUCUUCAUCCUGUUUACUGUUUGGAAACAUUCCUCAGGUGGUUCAUCCAAGGCCCUCUCCACUUUGUCAGCUCACAUCACUGUGGUAUUUUUUUUCUUUGGUCCAACCAUGUUUAUCUAUACAUGGCCACAUCCCAAUUCGCACAUGGACAAAUUUCUUGCUCUCUCUGAUGCUGUUCUCACUCCUUUUUUAAAUCCUGUCAUCUACACAUUCAGGAAUAAAGACAUGAAGGCAGCAAUGAAGAGAGUAUGCAGACAGCUAGUGAUUUACAGGAAGAUCUCAUAGGUAAUAUAAGGCCUUCUCACUA